AGUUCAUGCCAGGCAGGUAUUCGUUGGAUGCGAGGUAUCCAGGUCAUACCUCAUCCGUGGCUUCCGGGGGGUUCGUAUCUGUUGAUGACUCUAGUAGGAGUGAGGGUGGACGCCGGUGUUCUCAAUAGUCAGAAUCCUAACCGUCUUAACAUGGGACUCAUUGAGGAAGACACUAACACACUCGAACAAGAAACCGAUGCUUAUCUAGCAGACGAACCGGAUGAUGAAAUUGAAGAGUUCGAUGAGGAUGAAGAAUCUCGUAACGAUGGUCAGGCAGACAUUUCGGAGGACAACGUCAAAGGUUACAAUCUGAGGAUUGAUCCGCCACGUCGGAGUGCCAAUCGCUUCACUCCUUCUGUCUUCAAAAAAGCGGCCAAGAAAUGCAAAAACUUAGUGAAGGAUGUAAAGUGGGCGAUGAGAAAGUAGUUGUCGAGUUAUGUUUAGAGUAAUUUGUAUGUGUUGGACUUUGUAUUAAGUAAUUUGUAUA